ACCCACGUGAAGAAGAAGAAGAGUGAGAAAAGAAUAAAUCAACUUGUAGAUGUGCAAAUGUAGAAAUGGCGAACUGCCGCCCCGCACAACAUAACAAGUGAGCUCCACUUUCGCAUCGCACCUUUAGCAAUGUGGCCAUGCGGACAAAGCACGCCCGCUGCGUGAUGCUUCUCUUCCUGAGUUGCGUAGAAGUUACCCCAUUUGGCGUCCUCCCAGAAUAUCAACCUAACUUUCAACCACGCCGUGUCAAUGGGCGGCCCAAGACGAUCUACUCGCUCUCCUCCCCUCACCGUAACGACAAAUCAGACACCCCAUCAGUAAAUAUAAAAAGAAAUAAAUUCUUGGAUGCUCAGGCAGAGAAUGACAUAGAUUAUGUGUACGGGGUAAAUUCAGUGUCGUCCGUCCUGGUGAAGAAUGAGCGGACCAUUCAUAGCGUCCUGGUGAACGAGAAAAUCCGGCUGAACAAAAAAACGCGCAAGGAGGCGUACCAGUACAUAUUCGACACGCUAAAAAAACGGAACAUCCCAAUAAAGACAACUAGCAAGAGGAAGAUGGACGACCUGGUGGGCGGCUUCCCACACAACGAUAUCAUCAUGCAAACCACCUACCGUACCAUGAAAAAGGCCAAACAAUUCCUCAAAGACUACCCACAUAAGGAGAAGCAGAAGCAGAAGCAGACAAACAUUUACAUCUGCCUCCACGAUGUGUACGAUAAUAUGAAUAUCGGGAAUAUCUGCAGAUCCAUUUUCUUCUUCGGGGGGGACUCCAUAUUUUUAAAGAAAAAAAAAAAAAAAAAAAAAAAAUUGGAAGAAAGGCUACACGGAAUGAAGAUUGACACUCCUGUGCUCCAUUCCAGUGUUGGCGCCUCUGAGUUUUUGGACUUCUUUCACGUGAAUAACAUGCUCACCUUUAUGGACGACUUAAAAAGCUGCGGAUUUAAAAUACUUUCCACCUGUUGCCGCCCAAACGACACCAUCCCGAACAACCGCCUCGAACAAUUAGCAAACGUGAAGCUGACCCCAAACGAGAAGAUUUUUAUAAUCCUAGGAAAUGAGACCAAAGGACUGAGCAAGGAGAUACUGGAAAGAUCGGACAUCUGUAUAUACAUAAAUGGGCACCGCACGGAAGAAGCUCCUAUACCUGACUUGAACCCUAAUGAAAAAUUUACCUUAGACAGUCUCAACGUAAAUAAUGCCUGCUCCAUCCUACUGCAUCACUUUACCUCUCAUUUGUCGUAG